AUGACUGAGUCGUGGGGAUUGGUUCAUAGAGUUCUAAUUUAUUCAGGAGAAGGUACUGGUACUACAGAAGAUUUAAGUCAUACCGAAUACGUUGUAGAAAAACUAAUGGAAGGUUAUUAUUUCAAAGGCCAUUCAAUCUAUAUGGACAAUUAUUAUAACAGUGUCAAGUUAGCACAUUAUUUAUUAGAAAAACAAACAUACUGUACGGAAAAGAGAGUUGGCGUAGUAAAAUGGAAAGACAGACGAGAUGUGAUCGCAAUAUCUUCAGAACAUUCACACGAUUUGGUCGAGCUUGAACCAUUUGGUGAGACGCUGCACUGUGGCGGUGUGUUUGGUCUAUCUGUGAGUGACUGGAAACCCAUCUUUAUGACUUGCGGUAAGGUUGACCGGACUGUGAAACUGUGGGACUAUAUGAGGCGCACGUUGCUGCUAUCUCAGCACUAUGAUGAGGACGUGCAUGAUGUAGCACUGCACCCAACAGGGUCAUACGCGGUAGUAGCGUUUCAGGACCGAGUCGUGUUCAACGUUAUAUAUGACUCUGAGGCACUCAAACCUCGUCGUGAGUUUCCCGCGGCCAAUUGCUAUUUGGUGCGAUUCAGUUUAUCUGGUCACAUGUUUGCUGUCAUAAACGACUUGGUCGUCGACGUCUAUUGCUCGAUUACAUUCGACAAACGUUUCACGCUUACUGGCCACAAAAACAAGAUCACAGAUUUAGUUUGGGCCAACAACGACUGGAAGUUGGUUUCGUGUGAUAUCGAUGGUCGAGUAUGUAUCUUUAAUUUAUAUACAAAUGAACAUGUGACCAACAUCAAGUUUUGGAAGAAGACAUUUGUUAGCCUAGCUGUAUCGAACAACAUGAAACAAAUCUACACGGUUUCACCUGAUGGCAGAGUCAGGGAGUUAUAUAAUCGAACGGUGAUUCGUGAUAAAGAUUUAAACCAUGGUCCAUUAAAUACUAUAACUCUAUCCCGGACAGAUUUAAUGUUAUUCGUAGCAUGCCAAUACGGUAUCAUAUUGUCCCUGGCAUUGCCAAUCAAGUCACAAAUCAAAUACAAAGAAUUUUGCAUUCACAAUAAAACUAUAUCAAAGAUGCGGUUAACAAACAAUUCUACAUUGAUCACGUGCUCUGUAGAUGGUAGCAUUUGUAUAUGGAAUGUACAAAAUUCCAAGGGAAAGAUUACGCACGCUACUGCAAAAUUUUCAGAUGAUAUUCUCGUUUCAUCUAAUUAUUUGAAGAAUAAAUUUGAGACUGUUUCAAUUUUAAAAUUGAGGUUAAUAGAAUUGGAAAAAAAGAGUGAAAAUGAUAUUGUCCAACUAGAAAAAUCUCACGAAAGACAGUUACGAGAAAUAAAAACCCAACAUUUUAUGAAAAUGGAAUUAGUAAAACAAAAAGAAAAUGAAAUGUAUGCAUUACAUGUUGGUGAUAGAAAAUGUUUAGAAAAUAAAAUCGCUGAUCUAAAGGAACAGCAAGAAACCAAUAUGCAAAUGUUGAAAGAUAGUUACGAGGAGCAGCUUAUAUAUGAAGAUGAAAAAUAUGUUAAGACAGAGAAAGAUAUAUUUAAUAUAAAUAAUGAUUUAAAAAGACAAACAGAAAUAAUUUUGACCACACAUAAGAUAAGUAUGCAGGAAUUAGAAAAAAAAUUUAAAGAAAAUUUAAAGAGAGAAGAGGAAAUUUUCCAAAGAUUCAAAGAUGAGUUAAGCAAAGAAAUGAAUCAGUAUGAAAUUGAGAUCGAUGAAUUUGACUACCAAGGUGAUUGGGAAGUGUAUGGGUUGUUUAAUAAUAUUGUGCCUGAAUAUCAAAAGUUGUCAAAGAAAAUUAAGAAAGUACAAAAGGAAGUCAAUGUAUUAAAAGUUAAAAUUAAAACGGCCAAAAAAGAAGAAGAGGACUUAAAGUUUUUGAUUGAUAAAUUUGAAGAAGACAUUAAAAAAAUGAUAACUGAAGAGAAAAUAUUGGAAAAAGAAAUUGAAGUUAUGGAAAAGGCAUUGAAGGAGUGCAAUGUAACUAUACAAGAUAAAGAUGAGUGGAUGGAUAAUGAGAAAUUGAAUAUGAAAGACGUUGAAUUACAAAUAUUAGUAAUGAGGUUCUAUAAAGAAGAGCAAAUAAAAGUUAUCGAUCCAUUGAAAAUGAAACUUGAUGAUUUAAAAAUAUUCCAAUUGGCGAUGUCGUAUUAUGCACAUGAUAUUGAAAAAUUGACGAUGGAAAAUAACUUGGAAUGUGCUAAGUUAAGACAAAAGAUAAAAUCUAAAAGAAAAGAGUUAAAACAAACUUUAGGAAGAAUCAAAAUAGGGGAAGCGUAUAUUAAAAACUUACAAUUCGAAAUAUACUACAUCUAUAAGGGCAUGGAUAAUGAAAUCAAAUUAAGAGAUUCAAUUAGAAGUUUGCAUCUUAAAUUGACAAAUAUUAAUUGGUCAGAUGGAAUUAAAUCAAGUGACUUAUUAAGACAGAGAAAGUUUUUAGAGACGGCUGUAGCCAAUCUAGAACGCCGUCAAACUGUAGCUGUUGAACGACAGAAUCCUUUGCAAUUCAAUAUUAUUGAGGAAAACCAAUCUCUUAUCCUGGUGGUUAAUAAGUUGAGAAAAGAAGCAAAAACGAAUCAAUGCAAGUGCAAGGAAUUAGAGUGUAUAAUAAAAGGGAAACCCGAAAAAAUAAAAGAGGAAGAGGAGUCAUUUAAAUAUUCUUGUAAUGACGACUGGUCAAUCGACUAA